AAUUAGAGAAAUAAAAGAGGGACGUUAACUAAAUAAGAACUUUUCCUCCCCGUCCUUGGAAGCACGUGUCGUGACGCGAAGACCGAAGGGGUUGAAGAAAGUUGUGUUUAUUUUCAACUUUUUAUGUUCUUUGAUUUCAGUCUUUGUGCUGAUUUCCAGCGAAUUUGAUCUCUCUCUUUCGCCAUCGAUUUGAGGUCUUCUUCCUCCUCUCCUCUCUCUCCAAUCCUUCGAUAUCCUCUCCUCUCUCUCCAAUCCUUCGAUAUCCUCUCCUCUCUCUCCAAUCCAGUGUCUCAUCGGAAUCUUCAAACCACCGGCGAUGCGUCUCAAUUCCCGUUGAUACGAGUCCAUAGCCUUAGGUUUCUUCAAUUCUGUUACCGGAAACUGGAGCUGAAGGCGGGCGUCUCUCUGGUUGAGUAGCUCUUUUGAAGAUUUUUGUUUAAAAAACGCACAACAAAGAUGUCGUUGAAGCAUCAUCAUCAUAGAGGAGGAGGAGAGGUGUCGGGUUCCAAGAGUUUUGUCCGACAGUUUAACAUAUGCAAAGCUGUAGCUUCUGUUUGCUCUGCAGUUGAUGUAAUUUCAGCAAUCCAGUUUGAUAAUUCUGGUGACCACCUCGCUACUGGAGACCGUGGAGGACGGGUUGUUCUUUCCGAGAUAACCGAUGUCAAGAAUAGCAUGGAGCAAGAAGGGAUGAAGAAACAGGUUCAUGCAUCUGAGGAAGCUGCCAGCGGUGAGCUAGAGGCCUCCCUGGAGUUCUCUUCUUCCGUUUACGUCUCUAAUAACGUCCUUAAUAGCUUCCAGUGUCCCGUGUGCUAUUCCCCUGCCUCGACUCGAUGCUCUCGCUGCUUAGUUGCAGACAAUGUGAAUGUCGAAAGCUGAAAGAUGGUCGAAUGUUUAAAUUUUUAAUGCUAUUUGCUAAUGACAUGUUGGUUUCUUUUCUUCUGUGUUCUUUCACUUGUUGUGUCUUGUACAACAAGGUCUCUUAUGGUCAGGGUCAAACAGAGCAUACGAGGCGGAGAAGAUUUGAUCUGCAUGGUCAGAGUCAAACAGAGCUUGUUGUUCUGAGAGACCUUGUUGUUUUUUUUUUGUUUAUCAAAAGAGACCUUGUUGUUCUGAGAGACCUUGUUUACUAAGAAACUAAAAAUGUCCUAGCAAUAAUCUACUUAAUAUGUGAUUGUCCUUAGCAAA